ACUUUCCCUCACUGAGGCAUCAUGGGAUGAAAAUUCAAAAUGGCCGCCGUUGGUUAGAGUGCCUGGUUGUCUUGAGUAGUACUUCGUUAUUCCAGAUGAGGAAAAAAUGCCGGUCACUCGCAAGAUUAUAGGCAGGGGAACAGGCAGGGUGAAGUCAGUUCCUGCAGCUGGUAGAGGGAGGGGUGCAGUUGGAAGGGGAAGCAGGAGAACUGUGAGAGGAAAACGUGCGCCUUCUCCUGUCUACUCAGAGGCUGGCUUCUCUCUGUACUCCACUGACUCAGAGGACCAGGUCACAUCAACCAACAAAGGUCUGGACCGCUGCGCUGCUCUCCUGGGGGACAUCCUCAGUAGAGAACCUGCUGAUGCGUCUGGUGCACAAGGUUCUAAACAGAAACCAACCAAGCAGCCAAAAGUUAAGACAAAAGCCAACCCUGCCAAGACUAAAGCACCCCAGGGUAAGACAAAGAUAACCAAGUCUGCUGCAAAGAAAACUACUCUUCAACACCAAACCUCGACCAGAGGUUCCCCUGAAAAAGCCAAGCAGGGAAACUUGUCACCGUAUGCCUUCAGGGUGCCUACAGCUCCAGUACAAGGUCCAGUGUUACAGCAGCAGGUGGCAUCAGCUGCUCAGAGAACCCUUUUCAAUGAACGCAUCCCAAGUUCCACCCCUAACCUCUCCCCUGACCCCAAGAGGCCCCCCACCCCAAACACACUACUCCAAAUGCUGCGUGCUCAAAAUCAUGGUCCUGUGCAAAACGUCCCUGUGCCUCACUCCCCACCUCAAAAGGAAGGGGGCCAAUAUCAACAGGGGAAAGAUUUUGAUGCUACACCUUCUUACCCAGAAUCCACCCAUCCUGCUGUGCAACCCCCACAGUAUGAUCAGCUACAAUCUCUGCAACACGCGCAUUUGGGCAACCCUCAAAACUAUGUCCCCAACCAGCCUCAGCAGCCAUAUAUCAACCAGCAGACUUAUCAACAGCCUCUGAGUUAUCAUCACCCAGGCGCUAACAAUGGUCGAUAUCACCCACCGUCUAUAGGUGACGUUAUUGGUUAUCCUGUACCUACUCCUACUCACCAUGAAUAUAUCACAACCAAUGGCCAUCCUGCACCUACUCGACAUGACUAUGCCACAACCAGCGGCCAAGCAGAUGGGAGAGAACAGUUAGAUAGCAUUCCCGUCCGAGAUCGUGAAAACGUUAGCCCAACACGACGGUCUCUCUUUCAAUCCGGAGGACCUGUUGCUAACCAUACGCCAGGGAAUCGAUCAUUUGGGAGUGAAACCAAUCAAGAGCAGGACGAAACUCUGACCUCAAGUCCAAAACGAUCAACCUCACGUCUUUCGGAAAAGAAAACGCCGCAAACGAGCCCCGGAAAAUCUCUGCAGACGUUGAGGUAUCUCCUGAGGGAGUUGCAGGCUGCAGGGGAUGACCCGGAAGUGAAACGUUUGUCACAGGAAGUGGAGAGGAUUGUGGGACAGCUACCAGAGACCAGGAGGGCUGCUGACAUGCAGACUGACAUCAACCUGGCACUUCAGCCUCUCAGAAGUGAGAACAGCCAGCUGAGGAGGAGAGUCCGUAUUCUGAACCAGCAGCUCAGGGAGAAGGAGAGGGCUGAGAGGGAGAACAGGGCGCCUGACUUCAGCUUUGAGGUCGAGUCCCUGCGAUCCCUGAACAUGUCCCUGGAGAAGCAGCUGCAGGACCAGGCCGGCCAGCAGGAGGCGCUGCAGUGCAGGGUGGAGGACCUGAGGCGGGAGUGCGACCAGCUCAGACUGGACAACAAGAACCUGAUGGACAUGGUGGGGCAGAAGGACACCCAGAGCCUCAACACCAAGGCGGAGUGGGACGCCCAGAUGGCCAGAGUUAAACAAGAUGUGAGUGCUACCUUACAGCAGGUCCAGGGCCUGAAGCUAAAGUUAGAGGCAGUAGAGAUGGAGAACGGAACCCUCCUGGUGAUGUUUGUUUAUGUGAGCACUACCUUACAGCAGGUCCAGGGUCUGAAGCUGAAGUUAGAGGCAGUGGAGAUGGAGAAUGGAGCCCUCCUGGUGAUGUUUGUUUAUGUGAGUGCUACCCUUCAACAAGUCCAAGGUUUGAAGCUGAAGCUAGAAGCAGUAGAGAUGGAGAAUGGAACCCUCCUGGUGACUAUCAGACAGAAGGAUGCAGAGAUUAGGAGACUGGAAAUUCUCACAAGGGACCUCCACUCCAGCAUGUCCUACCUGCUGCGGGACCUGCAGAACUCAGGACCGGGCACCAGGAAUGUGGAUGGGCUCACUUUGGAGAGGGUGGAGCACUUCCUCAGGACACACAGUGUGGACAGCGUCCUCCAGCUUGCAAGUCCUGAGGGGGGUCAGCCCAACUUCUACGGCAGCCCAACACGCCGGACAGCGGAAAGCGACUUGCCUGGUCAACCGCAACCCCUCCCGACCAAUCACCAUGGCAGCGGGAUGCCACGGCAACAAGAACCACGCCCUUCGGGUGGCCAGUUGCCACGGCAACCCUACAGCUCUCAGUCACAUGCUACCAGCUAUGGUCAUCCAUCACGCCUCCCCAGUUACCAUGGCAACAAAUCUCCACGGCAGCAGUCUGAACCACGCCUCCCAAGUUACCGUGGCAAUUCGUCACCAAGGCAACAGUCUGAACCACCUCCCACAGCUGGUCCACAGGCAGAGCUACCCAAGACUCCAGCGUCUGUAAAGAGGGCCUUACAGUUCGAGGAUGUGAACGGAAGGAAGAGCGAAGACGUCACGGGAAGUUCUCUGACAGAACAGCACCUGGCUGACCAUCAGAGGAGUAUUGAGGAGAAAAGUGUCCCAAAGUUUGGUGUCGGUAACAACGACGUUCCUGCAAGCUAUGAUCACUCUCAACAAGGUUUAACUAGAGAGGCUAUAUCCGCACACGACAGAUCAGGACAGCAGUAUACUGUCCCAGCGCCCCCCUCCCCCAAAAAGCAAGGUGUAGGAACUCAGGGUGUUCUGGCUCACUCGUUCAACGGUUAUCCACCGUCCGACUUUGACCAUGACUCCACCAUGUACGCUUCCCUACCCUCCAAUGUGGGGAGACCGCAGUGGAAGCCAACACCAACAAAAGUGUUCAUGGACAGAAAGCCAGCAGCACAAAAACAUCAAGAAAACGGUGGAACAAAACUGCAGUGGUACCAGUCACAGUUCUCCCAACCUUACAAAGAAAACAUUCCAGAUCGAUCUACAAAUGCUCGCUCUUUCAGACCAGAUGGUGCUGACGUCAGCAGACCGAACUCGAAACAGGACCAUCUCUUCAGAGGCACCGUGUUGGACAGUUCUCUGAGCACGGUCAACGACAUAGAGGCGCAGUCGAUAACUUCAGAGACGACUGUCACGUCACAGGACGAGAGAGUCUUCCAACAGGAGCUUGCUGAGUUGGACGCCAACAUUGCAAAGGUGCAGGCAAGUCUGAAAGGAGCUGUGACUUUCAAACUGCCAUAA